UGCAAACUUGAUGAAGGACUAAGUUCUUCUGUCAAGAAUUCCAGUGAAACAGUUAACCGAUACUCAGUUCCCCAAAGACCAGCAGCUCUGCGGUGCAGCUCCCGCCUUCAUGCCGCAUCCAGGUGGGGAUACACCCUGUGCUUUUCACCAGAUAAUGACGUUGCAUACACUGCUUUUUAAAAUAAAGUUGGCCCGGGGCCGAUCGGGAGUGUGACAGCCGAGUUGGCCCGGGGAAGACAAGACGUGACAGCCACUGAAAGUAAUCCCUCAAUUCAAAGGCCCAGAGCAGAGGGGGGAAACAGAUGCACCGUUUGCCCAAAGGUUAUGGGUCAGUCACCCCUUCAUAUGAACUCGCUCCGCCCCUUUCGAUAAUACGCCCUCUACGUUAAGAAACAAUAAAAGUAGUCUGGCCCCGCUACAUUCGCGUUUAUACAGUCUGAAAAAAGACGUACAAGGUUCCAGGAAACGUACUUAUGCCACACGGGACAAUGUGUACGUAACUUAACUCAGCGGGACUAAUGAAUUCUUACACUUACAAGUCACAGCAAACAUGAAAUGGAGGAAAAUAUAAGGGCGGUUUGUUGAUCCAUUCAUGAGAGCAUACGUACGUCCAUCCAAGAAAGAUUCUCGCUUGCCUGGGCACAAUGAGGCGCCUUAAUCGGAAGCAGACGCUGAAGGUCGUGAAAGAGCUGGACGCCUUCCCAAAAGUACCUGAAAGCUACCAAGAAACAAGCUCAACAGGUGGAACGUUGGCUCUGUUGACCUUUUUGCUGAUUGGCGUGUUGAUCAUUUCCGAGAUCCGUUACUACGCAGACACACGCAUGAAGUACGAGUACACGGUAGAUGCGGACCUGAACAGCAAACUGACCAUCAACGUAGACAUCACCGUGGCCAUGAAAUGUGGAUGGAUUGGAGCGGAUGUGGUGGACAUAUCAGGUGAGACCACCACCCCAGCCAGAGGGAACAUAAAAGAAGAGGCAGUAUACUUUGAGAAGACUCCCGAACAACGCCACCGACAAGAAACGUUCAAGAUGAUCAAAGCUGCUCUAAGCGAGGAACAUGCGUUACAAGACCUCCUGUUCCAGUCUGGAUUUGACAGCAAGCCCACCGAAAGCCCUCCCAACAAGAAGGGCAAAGGCCCGCCGGAUGCCUGCCGGCUGCACGGCAGUCUAGUGGUCAACAAGGUUGCUGGUAAUUUUCACGUGACUGUCGGUAAAAGCAUUCCUCACCCCAAGGGCCACGCCCACCUGGCGUUAAUGGUCGACCCUUCCCAGUACAAUUUUAGUCAUCGCAUCGAUCACUUGUCAUUUGGGGAACCUGCCCCUGGCAUCAUAAAUCAACUUGACGCCGAAGAGAAAGUGACAAAGGACAACCGAAGAAUCUACCAAUACUUUCUUCAGAUAGUUCCCACCAAAGUAAACACCAGGAAGGCGCGGAUGAACACUCACCAGUUUGCCGUCACAGAAAGGGAAAGAACGAUAAACCACAAUGAGGGUAGCCAUGGCGUCUCAGGUAUUUUCUUCAAGUAUGACCUGUCAUCACUAGAGAUCAGCGUGACGGAAACGCACGAGCCGUAUUCACAGUUUCUCAUCAGGCUGUGCGGCAUCGUAGGAGGAAUCUUUGCGACGUCAGGUAUUCUUCAUUCCUUCCUGGAAGUCCUCAUAUCAGCCAUCUGUUGUAGAUAUAAAUUUUCUACUCACACACCAUCGCAGCCUACAACUGUUCCUGCGGAUCAUCAGCUAGACCACACCACGCCAAACCUCGCUGCGUCAGACCCGAACAGUCAAGCCAAUCCGUCGAUACCAUCGCCUCAAUAGUUGCCUUAGAUAGCUGUUUCAUUUAAGCCUUGGGAAUAGAUGCUUUAACAGCCAAGGGAAUAAGAGAUACACUGAUGGGUGACGGGUCAAACGGGAGGAACUUUUGGGAGGCAGGGAAUUCUUUUCUGGAGGGGAGGGAGAGCUCUCUUUUGGUCAUGUCAUAUUGGUACUUGAAAAGUCAAGACCAGGUUUGGUGGACAAAAUGUGUGGACAAAACUUUGUCCCCAUGAGAUUUUUGGUCUCCAUGACAACGGUGUUUCAACACACUUGUUGUCCCUCAUAGAAUAGGUACGUGGAGUGUGUAUGUACAUUUUGUAUUUUCUAUUGAACAUAAUUCUGGGUGGAGGACAAAGUUUUAACACAUUCACUAAGUUUUUAGCCUUUUUUAAAUUAUUAACUACCACACUAACUGUCAUAUCCUUUCAAUUUAUUGAUGAAUCGUUGAUUUAGCAGCACAAAGGUUACAGUACAGUAUUUGUAUUUUGCAUACAAAUAAACGUCUGAAAUUCAAUAUGACAAAUUGAAA